GCGCUAUCCCCGCCGCGCCGCGCACCCGCCCUUGCUAUCAGGCGCCUCCGCCCCCCGCAUUGCUGAUGCUGCUGCUGGCCGACAUGGACGUGGUAAAUCAGCUUGUGGCCGGGGGUCAGUUCCGGGUGGUCAAGGAGCCUCUGGGCUUCGUGAAGGUGCUGCAAUGGGUCUUUGCCAUCUUCGCCUUUGCCACAUGCGGCAGUUACAGUGGGGAGCUCCAGCUGAGUGUGGAGUGUGCCAACAAGACUGACAGUGACCUCAACAUCGAGGUUGAAUUCGAGUACCCCUUCAGGCUGCACCAAGUGUACUUUGAUGCACCCACCUGCCGAGGGGGCACUACCAAAGUAUUCCUAGUGGGGGACUAUUCCUCAUCGGCUGAAUUUUUUGUCACGGUGGCUGUGUUUGCCUUCCUGUACUCCAUGGGGGCCUUAGCCACCUACAUCUUCCUGCAAAACAAGUACCGAGAGAACAACAAAGGGCCCAUGCUGGACUUCCUGGCCACAGCAGUGUUUGCCUUCAUGUGGCUAGUUAGUUCAUCAGCUUGGGCCAAGGGGCUGUCAGAUGUAAAGAUGGCCACAGAUCCAGAGAACAUUAUCAAGGAGAUGUCUGCCUGCCGCCAGACAGGGAAUACAUGCAAGGAGCUAAGGGACCCUGUGAUGUCUGGCCUCAACACCUCUGUGGUGUUCGGCUUUCUGAACUUGGUGCUGUGGGUCGGCAAUCUGUGGUUCGUGUUCAAGGAGACAGGCUGGGCAGCCCCAUUCCUGCGCGCACCUCCCGGCGCCCCCGAGAAGCAACCGGCGCCCGGGGACGCCUACGGCGAGGCGGGCUAUGGGCAGGGCCCGGGUGGGUACGGGCCCCAGGACUCCUACGGGCCCCAGGGUGGCUACCAGCCCGACUACGGGCAGCCUGCCAGCGGCGGCGGCGGCAGUAGCAGCAGCAACUACGGGCCUCAAGGCGACUACGGGCAGCAAGGCUACGGCCCUCAGGGUGCGCCCACCUCCUUCUCCAAUCAGAUGUAGUCUGGUCUUUGCAGCCUGGGAGGACCCCAUGAGUAGGCAAGAGCUCAGGAGAAGGCCUGCCCCCCUUCCCACCCUAUACCCCACAUCUCCACCCCUCAAGCCAGGAGACUCUCUUUGCUGUUUUAUAUAUAUAUAUAUAUAUAUAUAUAUAUAUAUAUAAUGCAUAAAUAUAUAAAUAUCUAUUUGUCUGAGUCCUGCCCCUACUCCACUCUCCUCAUGCAUUAGGGACCUGAUCUUGAGUGGGCCCCUCUCUUACCCCAACCCCUUCCUCUGUAUCCCUUGGCCCCUGUCUGUUCCCUGGCCCUGUGCCCUGAAGUUGGGGGGACUCUGAAAAGGGGAUGAGGAGGAGACAGACCUUGGCUGUGUAGGGAGAGUGGGUGUGACUUCAUACUCUCUCCCCUAUCUCCCUCCCCUCCUAACUCCAGCCUUGAUUCUUCCAUCAAUCCUAAACAGGGGCCAUUAGGAAAAAUUUGACCCUGAGUUGGGGAGAAAGGCAUAUUGAGGGACUGGGGACCCAAAGUGGUCUUGGAGAGGAGUUCUGGGCUGGAAGGGACUAGUAGGCAGAAGGGUUGGGUUUCAGACAUACUGAUCUGGAGUCUAAAGAAGAAGGAUGCCCUAGAGCAGGACUUCUGAAGUGGGAUUUGUAAGGAGGCUGAGGGCUUGGUUCUAGGAGUGAUCUUUGAGUGAGGCCGUGGGUGCACCCUAGAGUGGACAGAGUUUGGAGUAGGACAGGGUUCUGUGGAAGGGGUGUGCCUUGGAACCUAGAGACAGGGUUUGAAAGAGUACCCAGGGCAUGGUUCUAGAAGGGGUGGGGCUUGAAUCAAGCAAUGGGUGAGGCUCCAGAGUGGCAGCCCUUGGAUUGGGACCAGAGUCUAUGGAAGGGGUGUGACUUGGAACAUUUGGGAGACUGAGUUCGAUCCUAAAGGGGCCAGAUCUUGCACAAGGCAAGAAGUGGGUUUCAGGAAUAGGCCAAGCUUGGGGUGAGGUUGUAGUCUGGGUUCUAGAUGGUACAGAGCCUAGAGUGGGACAUGUGUGGUGGUUUCAGAAGGGACAUGCCCCCGAGCAGUGAAAAAUAUAUAUUUUAAAGUGGACAGGUAUGACAGUGGGUGAGGGGGGAUAUCCCUGGCCAAGGUUGGAGACUACGGUAGCCUGGGUAGAACUGAGAGAUACGGCUUGGAGGGUAAGGGGUGGGAUCCAGAGAGAAAUACCCCCACUCCACAGCUAGGUAAUUGCCCCUGCAACAACUAGGUAAUCAGAGGACAGAGCCAGUGGGUCUGUGGGGCUGGCCCACCCCUCUUCCCUCCUUCCCCUGCCUCCUCCCUCCCUCCACACACCAACCCCAAGGGUGGUUGGAGGCCUGGUCCUGAGCCCCUACCCUGCACCCUCUGCUGUGUCUGUGAUGUCAGUAGUGCCUGUGAUCGUGCCAUUUUGUCUGGCUGUGCACCCCCUUCCUUCCAGACCUCACACACAUACCCUUUCCCAUGCCCUCUGGUAUUGUUUGAAGACUCCCUCCCCAAGGAAGAAAAAUAUGAUUAAUUCUCCUCCCUUAAAUAAACUCUUCAACCACCGAA